AUGAGCAGCUUUUUGGAGAGUGAGCCACUUUACAGCAUCUUUUCUAAAAGUCAGUCUAUUUUUGGCAUAUUUUUUUUCCUAUUUUUAAAUCCCAUUCAUAAAAAAGCGCAAAGUAUCCGAGAACACAGGCAAAUACAAGUCAAGUCAAACGCAAAAGUAGAUGAGCAAAAACCUCUGUUUAUGACCGAUUCAAGGGAAAUCCUGGUCCGCAUUGAUAAAAAAAAUCGUUGGAGGUUUAACAAAAAGAAAUGAAUAAAUAAAUUAAAAAAAAUUUUCUAAUCCCAGUCUAUGCAUGACUUCCAAUAAAUUUCAUUAAGAGUGAAAAGUACACGUACGUUCACCUGAACAAAGUUCCUAAGUUUUGCGUUCCAAUAUUUUAUGUUUACGUUUUACUUGGUUUUCUCUUUUGCGAUAAAUGAAAAACAUCCCUAAAUAAAAAAUUGUCAAAAUCAUUCGCUUGCAAAUGGAAUUGUAGAUAUUGUAGAUAAUGUGGGUCAUCGACAGUUGUUUUUCUUCCUGGGCUUUAGUAGAUUAUUUUUUACAUUAAAAUCAUGGGAACUUAUGAAAGAAACAAUAUUUUUUGUGCUUAUGAUAUUUUUAUUACUUUUUCUUUUUCUUCAAGACCAUACCUUUGAUUGAACUACUUCCAAAGUGCUUCGGGUGCAAUUAAAUCAAAGCUAGAUUGCUGGAAGUUACUCCAAUCGGCUUUUAAGCUAGCAGUCAAGUAGUUGUUAAAAUGAUAUUCGCUUUUUUAAUAGACCUUUGUCACGCGGCGGCCAUUUUGUCUCAGGAGUUUUAAAAGCUUUGAUUAUGCAUUGUUAGCCUCGUAGAGAGAACGAGGCUAGCCGUGCAUAAACAAAGCAGAAAUCUCCUGAGACAAAAUAGUCGCCGCAUGACAAAGGUCUAUUGAAAGAAUUAUCCUCUCGGUUCAUAGAUGCAGCUUCCCGCGGUAUAAAAAAAGACCUUAGCAUUUGUAACAGUACCUUAGCAUGAAACAUUAAAAAGAUCAGCAAAACCAAGUGAGCAAAACUGAAAACUUUUGCGAAAGACUGAGACCAAACAAGGUAACAGCGAUCUUAAAAGUUCAUCUUUUUUUUAAGAGUCAAGGUAAGUGGGAGAUCGGUUUAUUCCAUUUCGCUAAGGAUAAAAUUCGACAUUUUUAAAAUGAUAAGAGAAAAAGCGCUGAACGAACCAAAUUUAAGUGUAUUUGGGUUUACGUGGUCCUUGCAGUUUUAAGACCAACCCAGUAAGCCUUUGACUGAAAAAAAGGUUCUUUUUUAACCUCUUAUGUUAAUGUUAUAAAAGCGAGAAUCACAGUUUCUUCCGGAGUUCAUGUGUAUUCAUAGUCGAAACAAAUAAAACAGACCUGGCAUGAUUAAAAUUAAGGUUUCAAAACUUUAUUUCCUCAUACUUUGCAACCUUAUGAUUCCCUUUUUUGCUACAUAAAAUUAGUUUAAGCUUUAUGAUUUAAACAACAGACGUGGAUUAUGAAGAAAGACGGCAGCUCAUACUGAGACACUUAGUAAUGAUCUAUUUGAAUAAGAUUACAAUAAACUGGCAGCGGAACAGAGCUCUGAUGAAUUGGAAAAAAUAGAAGCAAAUGUUUUAAAAUGCAAAAAAAGAAGUUGUUAAAAGCGCUUAAAAUAUCCGAAAUUUUAUAUUUACUAGGCUUUCAACUUUCUGCGUUUCCUAACUUUUUUUCCAGUGGUCUGUUACGGUGUUUCGAUACAGUUUUCGCAGAUCAUAUCGAUGUUUUUCAAUCGCCUUUAAAAUGAUGUCAUCUUUAUCCGAUCGCCACAAAAUUUUAACCAGUGAUUGACUAUGAAUUGAAGUUUAUCAAAGAGCAGUUGUUAGUAAAAUCUAUAUCACUAUGACAAAUAUAAACAAAAAACUUUAAAAUCGUUUAAAUCCGAAUUUCGCGCGAUCUAGACCUACUACUGAAAAUCCGACACCAGGACGUUAAAGUGCAGUGUUUAGCAAAUUACCUCCGUGAGGAGGGAAAAAUUCUGUAUGUUUGAAUUCAAAUCAAACUUAAAUAUAUUUCAAACCUUAUAUUUUCAAUAGUCGUGAUAAAUUGUUAAAAAAAAGUUCUAAAUAACUCAAAUUAAUCUUAAGUAGCGGCAGAAGGCUGCUCAAUAUUAUAUUUCGAUGCAUGGAAAGUUUGGUGUAUUUUCUUUGUUGCGAUCCUGAAAACUAACCUGUUUUCUCACCACCUGUCUUAGCGCAGCUGUCGAUUUCAAAGUUUUUAAAAGUUUUUUGUUUAUUGUUGUCAUGGUGAUAUCGAUUUUACUAAAAACUGCAUUUUGAAAAACUUUAAUUCAUAGCAAGAGAGGAUAAAGGGGACAGAGAAGGCAUCCCACACCCUAUUCCAUAGGUAAUUCGUCUCGAGUUAUUUCAAGAAAGGGGAUAAAGUUACCUCGGGCGCUGCGUGGAUGUUUCGUGGAGGUUACGCUAACUACUUCCAACUGUCCACAUAAAUCCUCCGUCUCUUCUUCCGAAAGACUCUUGUUCCGUUUAUUUGAUUUCUUCGGCGCCUUUUUGCUUGAUUUGGUGACGUUCGAAUUUGAAGGCGCAGGUUUAGGCUUCUCUGCACUUUUCCUUCUCUUCGCUUCAUCUGCUGAACUAUCAUCGGAAUAGGAGCUUUCUACGUUUUCAUCGGCACGCUCCGUUUCGGUUACAGCUUCCUCCUCGCUUGCACUGACUUUUUCAUCUUCUUCGCUAGAACUCUCAGCUUUGCUAGCUCAAAUCAACGUCGUAACAAUGUUUAGAAACAAGCGAGGAAGGGCGAUUCUUUUUUAAUUUCCGUUUCACUGACACAGCUUUGGCAGAAAUCUCUUUGUAGUCGUUUUGUCGACAAAACGUAUAGCCAUAUCACUCUCCGCGUCUUCCGCCAUUUUGUUCUGAGUCAAUUCGUGAAGGACGCGUGGCUCUGAGCGUGGGACAUUCACGCGGAACACAUUCACGCUAUCUUAUUGGCUGUUGUCUAAUCCCCCUUGGGAUCUGUAGUCUUAAAAAUAACUCGAGACGAAUUACCUAUGAAAUAGGGUGUGUAUGGGGGGAUGCCUUCUCUGUCCCCUUUAUCCUCUCUUGUUCAUACUGUUUUCAUCACUGGUGAAAAUUUUGUGGCGAUCGACAGGGAUAAAAUCACUUUUAAGGCGAUUGAAAAACAUCGACAUGGUCUCCGAGAAACGGUAUCGAAAGACCUUAAACAAGUCAGAAAUUUAAGUAAUAAAGGUAACAGCCUCUCCCACAAAAAGUGGUCGCUUGCUAUUGAUUACUUCCAUUAAAAAAAAUUAAGGCGGAGAAAACAACUAUUUCUGUUUUAUAAAAACGCAAAAGAGAGAGCGAGGUCAAUAUCCCUCUUAAUCCUGACCAAACGACCAGAAUGAAUUUCGCGUCUAUACGCAGGACUUUCCCAGUACCUAGCAAUGAAAGCCGAUGUGCACGCUAACAUAUGUUUUUGGUUAUGUUUGAACAGACACCAGGAUGUGUACCUGAGACAGGUUAAAACUGGUACCGAUGUCAAUGUCAACAGAAGAUAAAGACAUAUGUGGACUUGAAGACUGGGUCCCUAUUCCAGUUAACGAUUCGACCACCUCAAUAACUGACCUUGCAGUCGCUGUUUCGAACAUACCAUUCGGUAUCUUCGCCUUUCUUACCAACCUUGCAAUCAUUGUGACUGUAAUCAAAACACCAUCUCUGCAAAGGUCUUCAAACAUUCUGCUAUGCAACCUGGCUACCGCAAACUGUUUGGCGGGCGUAACAGUUCAACCAAUAUUCGCUGUAUGGUGGAUAAACGUCCAGUAUGUCCAAAACACCUGUUCUUCUCAGCAGCAACUUAGCACUGCUUUUAGUGUGUCCAAUAUCUUGAUGACAGGGUUAUCGUUUACAAACUUGGCAGUCAUCAGCGCCGAUCGCUGUUACGCUGUGUCCAGGCCUUUCGCCCAUCGCGCAAAAGUCACGAAGGAAGGUAAAAAAUAG